UUAGAAAGAUAAGCUUGUGGUACACACCUACACCACAAUGAAUGUUGCCGGUGCCGGAAAAUCUUUCGCCGGAAAUUCCACUACCUAUGACCGUUUGCAAGAACUGAAGACCUUCGACGAGUCCAAAGCUGGUGUUAAAGGUCUUGUUGACUCCGGCAUCACCAAAGUCCCAAGAAUUUUUAUCAGGCCGCCAGAAGAGUUCGCCGCCGGCAAGGAAGUUUCCGGCGAACCGACUCAGACCCAGUUCAGGAUUCCUGUUAUUGAUCUCAAAGAUUUCGCCGGAGACUGCUCCGGCGUGGUUGCCGGAGUCCGACAGGCUGCAGAAACAGUGGGGUUUUUCCAGGUGGUGAACCAUGGAAUACCCAUAAAACUGUUGGAGGAGAUGGUAGCGGCGGCGCGUGAGUUCCACGAGCUGCCACAAGAGUCGAAGGUUGAGUAUUACAGCAGGGAGCCGAUGAAGAAGGUGAAGUAUGGGAGCAACUUUGAUUUGUAUCAAUCAAAAUAUGCUAACUGGAGAGACACUCUCUUUUGUGUGAUGGGUCCUGAACCACUCGAUCCACAAGAAUUGCCUCUUGUUUGUAGGGAUGUGACAAUGGAAUACUCUAGACAAAUUCAUGUAUUGGGGAGUCUUUUAUUUGAAUUAUUAUCAGAAGCACUAGGACUGAAGCAUGACCAUCUUGAAGGCUUGGAUUGUGCUAAAGGUCACUUAAUUUUAAGUCACUAUUAUCCAGCAUGUCCUGAGCCUGAACUGACUAUGGGCACUACCAAACACUCUGAUCCUGAUUUCCUUACAAUUCUGCUUCAAGAUCACAUUGGUGGGCUCCAAGUUUUGAGCCAUAAUGAGUGGAUUGAUGUUUCCCCUCUUCCUGGAGCUCUAGUAGUGAACAUUGGAGAUCUGCUACAACUAAUAUCCAAUGACAAAUUCAAAAGCGUGGAGCACCGUGUGCUGGCAAACCACAGAGGGCCUAGAGUAUCAGUGACAUGCUUUUUCACUCUUCAUCUCUACCCAACAACAAGAAUGUAUGGCCCCAUCAAGGAACUAUUGUCAGAAGAUAACCCCCCAGUUUAUAGGGAAACAUCUCUGAAAGAUUUCAUUGCUUACUAUGAUAACAAGGGGCUCGAUGGGAAUUCAGCUCUUUCCCAUUUUAUGUUAUUACGGUGAAUAUGGAAGUGUAAGUAUAGGUCUUUCACGAUCAUUCUUAAUUUACAAUAAGUUGUAAUGAUAAUGCAUGUGGUAACUGAGGUCAACCGGUCAUAGUCCUAACUUUGAACAUAAAUGGUAUAAGACUUUGUGGACCACUACAAUUCCAAAGGCUAAAUGGUAUUUCUGCAGUCUACUCUACAACACUUCAGGUUGUGAAGAAUGAGGAUAUACUAUGGAAUGGAGCUCCAUUUAGUUUUGCUUGAAAUUUGUGUUAUAGUGAGAAAUCUGGCAUGUUGAAUUGGUUGUUUGUUCAACUCUGGAAUCUUGGUUGAAUGAGUCUGAAAUUUUAUUAGGCACGUGAAUUGUAAUUGGUGUAAACAGU